AGCUGUGUGUCUGUCACUAGAAGGAGCACUGACUGAACCUUGGAGCUAUCAGCGUCGGCAGGUGGAGCUUUACAGCCCGAUCAGCAUAUUGAUUGCACUAAUCAUUUUCCUUCCAGUAACUUUUUAAGCAGCGCUGAGUCUCAGAGAUUAACCCAAAGUAUACCAUCACCUCAGCCGGAGCAGAGCCAUCACCAUGAAAAGUGGGCGCUUUAUCGCCAACAAGAUCCGCUCAGCUAUAUCUAUCCGCAACCAAUGGGUGAGAGAGUCCAUGGCCGAGCUGCUGUCUACCUUUGUGAUGAUGAUGUUCGGCCUGGGAGCGGUAGCUCAGGUGGUUUUGGGUAAGAACCAAUUCGGACAAUACCUGAGCAUUAACUUAUCUUUCGGAAUUGGAGUGACAAUGGGAAUCCAUGUGGCCGGAGGAGUGUCUGGCGCUCACAUGAACUGCGCUGUGUCACUAGUCAACUGCGUUCUGGGGAAACUUCCAUGGAGAAAACUACCAAUUUACAUGAUUUCUCAAAUUGCUGGAGCGUUCCUGGCUGCUGUCAUUAUAUACUUUCUAUACUAUGAGGCUCUGUUUAAUUACUGCCAAGGAAACUUCACUGUGACAGGUCCUUUGGAAACAGCCAGCAUAUUUGCCACCUACCCGCAGCCUUACCUGUCUAUAGGUGGUGGCUUUCUAGAUCAAGUGAUUGGCACAGGAGCCCUGCUGCUCUGUAUCCUGGCGAUAAAUGAUAAGAAAAACUUUGGCGCUCUGGAUGGGACACAAUCUGUGGUUGUCGGUCUCCUGGUUACAGUGGUUGGGAUGUCUAUGGGCAUGAAUUCGGGAUAUGCUAUCAACCCCGCCAGGGAUUUGGGGCCACGUCUCUUCACUGCAGCUGCCGGAUGGGGAGUAGAAGUGUUCAGGGCUGGGAAUUACUGGUGCUGGGUGCCAAUUGUAGCCCCCAUGGUGGGUGGCCUGAGCGGAGCCUUCCUAUAUAAGCUGCUGGUGGGACUACAUCUUCAGCAGAACGAGGAAGAGAAGAAGCUAUGUGAGAUGGAGAAGGGGAAUCCAGAGAUGGUGGCCACUGAAUAUAUGUGACCCCUGGCCUAACCUUGUGACCACAGGACGUUAAUACCGCGACGAUGUGUCGUACUGUAAUACAGGGAGGCAGCGCAGUGUGCACACUGUGUAAAUACAAUCAUCUUGAAGGAAGUUUUUCAAUGCAUUUCCCUAGGACAUUCAUAGGUAAUUAUUAGUUAUUUCUGUUUUUUUUUUUUGGAAAAGCUGGGUGACAACCAGUAGAGUCGCCAUUACAGCUCCCGCCAGGGUUGUCACCCAACGGAAAUAAGAAAUGGUUAAGUGGAAUUCUCUCUGACCCGAGACUUUUAUUUACUGGAGAGACCAUCUCAUGGAAAUGCUUUUCAGUGCCUCUUCUCUCUUUCAAGCACUGGCCCCAAAUGGGACUUUUGUUUAAAGUUGCAACGAGGAACGGCAGGGAAAUUCUCCCUUUUUGUCACCGAAGGACGACUCUAUCACUCCAUGGUUUAUUUCAGUUUCAUUGAUGGGGAGACGCAUGGAGCACAGUCCAUACCAAGGACUAUUUGCAUCAGACUGACUUUUACCUACAUAGAACUGUAACAUCAUGAACUGUGUAAAAUAGAAUGUAAUUACUGUAUUGCGGUGGGAUCCUGUGUGUGGGGCAUGUGCUGCAAUUCCUUCUCAUAUAUACGUAAUUCACCUUUAUUGAUUACAGUGUAGACAACGUUCAGCCCCUUUCAUCCAAUUUACAUAUGGGAUUAGGCGGAGGAAAAAGUUGAGACACUUUGUAAAUACGUUACAUUAUCUAUCAUGUCCUGAUCCUGAGUUACAUCCUGUAUUAUACUCCAGAGCUGCACUCACUAUU